AUGGCCGACUCAGCUGGUCUCCGCACGCGGAGCGCCGCCGCCAAGGCGAGCGCCACGCCCAACGGCAAGUCCAAGUCCACCCCCAAGAAGCGCACCGUCGUCCAGGACGAGAGCGACGACGACAAGGCCAACUACACGCCCAAGCACUCCUAUCUGCACGUCGACCUCAACGACGACCAGAUCAUGGGCGGCGGCAAGCAGCAGACGCUCGUAAAGUACACCCCCGGCAUCGUCAUCUCCGAGCAGGGCCGCGAGACCGACAAGAAGCUCGACGAGCACUCGGACUGGGAGUUUGGCGGGCCCUGGGGUGUCACCGCCAUGAUGACGCUCUUCCCGCUCCUCAUGUACUACCUCUGGAUCUGCCUGUGGUUCUACGACGGCAAGCUCGUCGUGCCCAACUCGCUCGACGAUGUCUGGCCCUUCCUCCAGCGCAUGGGCGCACACGUCCGCGACGAUGCCUUCCCCACCAAGCGCGCCUUUGCCGGCUACGGUGGCCUGAUGGUCUUCCAGUUCUUCCUCGCCGUCGUCAUGCCCGGAUACAUGCAGGAGGGUCUACCCGUGCCUUCGCUCGGCUACAAGACGCUCAUGUACAAGUGCAACGCUCUGUCGUCCUUCUACGCCACGCUCGUCACCUGCGCCGUGCUGCACGUGAGCGGCGUCUACCGCCUCACCACCAUCAUCGAGCACUUUGGCGAGUACAUGACGGUGAGCAUGAUCGCCGGCUACGCCGUCAGCGCCGCCACCUACUUCCACGCCGUCGCCACCAACACGACGCACCGCAUGUCGGGCAACUUUGCGUACGACUUUUUCAUGGGCGCCGCGCUCAACCCGCGCAUCGGCUCGGUCGACCUCAAGAUGUGGGCCGAGGUGCGCAUCCCGUGGGUGCUGCUCUUCCUCAUCAGCGUGUCCGGCGCGUGCAAGCAGUACGAGGUGUACGGCUACGUGACGCCCAACAUGGCGUUCAUGGUGCUCGCCACGGGCCUCUACAUCAACGCGUGCGGCAAGGGCGAGGAGUGCAUCCCGCAGACCUGGGACAUGUUCCACGAGAAGUGGGGCUUCAUGGUCAUCUUUUGGAACUUUGCCGGCGUGCCCUUCACGUACUGCUACAGCAUCGUGUACAUGGCUGCGCAUCCGCCGUCGUACUACAAGUUCAGCACGCCCACGUACGUGUUCAUGUUUUCGCUGCUGCUCUUCGCGCACUACGUGUUCGACUCGUCGAUGGCGCAAAAGUCGCGCUUCCGCAUGCAGCUGCAGGGCACGUUCAAGCACCGAUGGACGUUCCCGCAGUGGCCGUGGUCGACGCUCAAGGACCCGCGCUACCUGCAGACCGAGCACGGCAACGCGCUGCUCAUCGACGGCUGGUGGCAGUUCCUGCGCAAGCCCAACUACACGGCCGACUGGACCCAGGCGUUCCUGUGGGGCGCCAUCGCAGGCACGCGCUCCAUCAUCCCCUACUACUACUCGGUCUUCUUCCUCGCCGUGCUCACCCACCGCUGUGGACGCGACUUUGAGCGAUGCGGCCGCAAGUACGGCAAGGACUGGGACAAGUACUGCACCAUCGUCAAGUACGCCUUCAUCCCCUUUGUCUACUAA